AUGAGUGCAGUGGAUCAAGCACUAGGUCAACGAGUCAUCUUAAGCAACAUUCUUCUCCAACUGACCGGCCUUGAACUUGUUCUUCUCAAGCCAGCCAAGGCAAACAAGGACAUGAUCCGCGGUAGUCCAUCAUUGUUGCCAUGUUUGCUCGUCAACAAGUUGUGGGCAGAUGAAGCCACUCGGCUGUUGUGGUCACACAGGGCAAAGCUGGAGAGUCUGCUGAAAAUUGAUGUCACAAGGCGGCAGUACUAUGCGUCAAAUGUUCGAAGCAUUGAAGCUCUGUCUAGUACGGGGAUACAAAGUCACCAAGAUACUGUCAGCCUCGAUAGCCUAAACAGCCUGGACUGGCCGUGUUUGAAAGAAUUUACCAUGCACAUCUCAGCGAAUGCCAGGUCAUCCGAUUUCCAAGACUUCCACCCUUUCCAAGAUCGCAUCCUCCGUGUCAAGGCGAUCAAAGUGAACGAUGAGCCUGAAUUGGAGCUCAACAAUACAGUUAGAAUGUCAGCUGCAGGUAACAAACCGUCUGGCACGCAAUCCUUGGAAGUGAGUGAAAGCGAGGCUACUGCUGCCGUCUCGGCCUCCCAUCGUGCUCACGAGAUCAUAAAAUUUCUCGAAGACCACCCAAAGAUCAACCAGGUUUCGAUACACUGUACAAUCUUAACGAGAGUACCUGAGCUCGUCGACUACCUUGCACAAAAAGCGAACCUCGAAUCUCUCAGUAUCCUUCUAGAUCACUGCGAGCCCAUGAGAAUGUUCAAGCCCGGCUCAUUCCCUGCUCUCAAAUCGCUGGAAUAUGCAGGCAGACUCGACACCCUCACGAACCUCGUUCCCCUACUCAACAGUCUUCAGAGUCUUCGCUUGACUGCCAUGGGAAACCUUGGGAUCUCUAUAGAUCAAACAGCGAUGGAUAACUUUCUGUAUUGCUUGUGCUCGCUCGGACAGCUGCAAACACUGAGGCUUCAGACCAAGAUAUGGGGUCUAUUGUCGUCGACACAGCUCGUGCUUAAAGCCCCUUUGCUAGCUCUAUUCGCACAAGCCUGCCAAAACCUACGGAUUCUGGAUAUUGAUGUUGGAAAUGGGCCUGACGCGUCUAGUGUUACUGAUGAAGAUAUGGGUCAGAUCGCACGAGCCCUUCCCCGCCUCGAGCAGUUUCACUUGCCCAUGAAACCUUGGCUUUCCAAGCUCACCUAUCAAGGAAUGCGACUCUUGGGACAGCACUGUCGACGACUCGAGUCGUUGCAUCUUGGGGCGAAUAUAUCUCUUGAGGGUCUUUCUACGGAAAGCUCAACACUACUCCCGAAUCUUCGAAGCUUUAUGCUGGGCAUACCAAGUGCUGGCAUGCACACUCUACUCGAGCCAGAAGACAAAAUUCUACCACUGCUCGAUAUACAUAUUCCAAAGCUAGAGACGGUGCUUCAACUAAGGUCAUCCAGAACCCAAGACCAGAACAUGACAUACACAAGUGGCUCUUAUGGACUCUUUUGCGUAGAGCCAUCGACCAAAACCAACUGCAUCGGUACCAAUGGCUCAGGAAGCAACGUGUUGCUAGCACGAACAUCCUAUGGCGAGCUACCCAAACUAGCAGUACAGGCAUGA